AUGGCCGAGGGGAGCGAGCUGAUGAACAGGCUCAUGAGCGAGAACGCCGACCUCAAGAAGCAGGUGCGGCUCCUGAAGGAGAACCAGAUGCUGAAGAGGCUGCUCAGUGAGAGCUGUCAGGAGGGAGGUGGCCGUGCAGCUCGUGAGCUCGUCCUCCCCAGGGCCCCCAGCUACCCCGAGGCCUGCUCCCCUGGGGGUGCAGCUCCAGAGUACGGAAGGUUUACCAACGUCCCCAACACAUCAUCCCAGCUGCAGGAGUCCUCCCUGGAGGACCUGCUGUGCUCGCACGUCAACCUCUCCAGCGAGGAUGAGGUCUCCCCCGGCUGUGCGGCUUCUGCCUCGGCUUCCUUCAAGGCCUUCCUUGGGCCCCAGGAGCUGCACUCGUCACGAAGCAUGGACAGGAAGCUGUCCCCACUCCUCGGCCCUCUGCAGGAUGCCCUGGCUGACAAGACACUGCUGGAGCCCAGAGAGAUGGUCCGGCCCAAGAAGGUGUGCUUCUCGGAAAGCAGCCUGACCUCUGGGGACAAGGCUCGGAGGAGCUACUACCUCAGCGAGAUCCAGAGCUUCUCGGGCGCAGAAAAGGACGGGCGCGUUGUUGGCGAGAUCGCCUUCCAGCUGGACCGGCGCAUUCUGGCCUAUGUCUUCCCGGGUGUGACGCGGCUGUACGGCUUUACCGUGUCCAACAUCCCCGAGAAGAUCAAGCAGGCCUCCAUCAAGUCGCUGGACGGCUCGGUGGACGAGAAGAAGCUGCGCGACCUGACGCACCGCUAUCUGACGCUGACGGCGCGCCUGGAGAAGCUGGGCUACAACCGCGACGUGCACCCGGUGUUCAGCGAGUUCCUCAUUAACACCUACGGCAUCCUGAAGCAGCGGCCCGACCUGCGCGCCCACCCGCUGCACAGCAGCCCCGCCGCGCUGCGCAAGCUCAUCAUCGAUAUCGUGCCGCCCAAGUUCCUGGGCGACUCGCUGCUGCUGCUCAACUGCCUCUGCGAGCUCUCCAAGGAGGACAGCAAGCCGCUCUUCGCCUGGUGAGCGCCGCCGCCGCCUCCGCAAUAAAC